UUUGACCCGACGUCACUUCCCAGUUGUUCAAUGCGCCAUUUUCUCGACGCUAAACGGCAAGCACAAUAAAUGAGUCCUAGUUCUAAAAUCUGACAAUAACGCUCCAUUCAUUUAGUUCAUGUUUGAGAGUGCAGAUUAAUUGUUGGAACAUCCUAUUGGGCUUCCACGUCCUCUAUCAUCGUUUUUUUGCGCACGGAUCGGUGAAAGUAACAAAAACCCCUCCCAGAAUCGGUGUGGCGCUGAAAAAAGGUGUGGGACCAUGUACCAGUUUCCGGUCAGAGGGUUGGAAAAGAUCCGUAGAACAAGAAGGAAAGUAAAAAACAUUCUUGGAGAAAUCGGACUUGAAGAAUGUCUUAGUUUAGGCCAGGAGCUUCAGGAAUAUUUCCCAGGGGACAAUAUUUUUGAUGCCACAGACUGGAACAGUUUAUCUGAUGGAUAUGAUGGCCGGUGGAAAAAGAAGUGGGACUAUCGGACGCAAGGAUUGUGCUGCAGCUUGUGUCAGUUCUCUACCAAGUCAUGGCAUACAUACAAAAUCCAUAUUCAGCGAUACCACGAUGAAGAGGAGCGUCUGUGCAGACUUACGACCUGUACUUCCUGCCCAUUUAUAGCCCACCCCAGAGCAGUGUUCAGGCACUGCAGAUUGUUCCAUGCAGAGGACACACCAUUCGAAUCUCCUGCAGUCCCCCAGUUGCCUCCAAAAGCAGGAAGUGGCAGUAUAUUUCAGUGUCGAAAAUGUCACAUGCAAGAUACUCUUCUGUACAGUGUGAAAAAACACGUCCUCCUUUAUCAUUACACAGCCACCUUGAAUAAAUAUGCUGGGCAGAGAUCGGAGAGAGACCUCUUAUCCCUUGGAGACACAUCUCAGAAAUUCUACUGCAAGAGAUGUUACGUGUCAGCUGAGACAUCGGAACACUUACUGUAUCAUCUUCUGACUUCAGAAAAGCACAAGGAGCUGGACGUGCACAUCAGAGCUCUAAUUUGCGAAACUGAAAGUACGAAACAAUACCUGGCCCUCGCACCAAAAUCCCAAGCAGCUUCUGCUGUCAUAAUGAUGAAGGAUCAGCCUUCAGCGACCUCUACUCUGAGUGCUGUUGGGGUGGAAAACAGUGGAGUGCUUGCUGCUUCAGGAACCAACCAAGCAUUUCUUCCCACUCAAGCUUCGGCCCUAGUUCAACUUGCAAGUGCCGAAGCAAAGGGUUUACUAAGGCCUGGAGUACCAAUUGCGAUUCAGAACAACCUAAUUUCACCUGCAUCUGCAGUGCCGCCUGCACCAAACGGCAUUCCUUCCCACCAGAUCAGAAUGAGCGCCCCUGGUCAACUGCAACCUCGUCAAAUUGUCCUUCCACCAGGCGUUCGCCUUAACGUACCUGUCGUUAGACCGCAAGGCUCUCAGUCCCUCAUCGUUACUCCAAGAUUACACUUAAAUCAGCCCACCGCUGGAGGAACCAUGCUUACUUCUCAGUCCCUUUUGAGUCACUUGGUCCCCACAGGCAACAAAGUCGAUGGCUUGCCCACCUACACUCUUGCACCUUUGCAGGUCUUAUCGGUUCAGGGAAAUAACACCCAAGGAGGCAACAAAGCGCCACUGCCUGUGUCCCAGAACACCCCACCAGCUCAGCAAAACAAGCAAAACCCUUCUCUGCCACCCCCCAAGCAAGCCAAGAAAUGGAUCACGUGUCCUAUUUGCAAUGAGCUUUUCCCAUCUGACAUCUACGACUCCCAUCCAGAGGUUCACAAAGACUAUUCUAAAAUGCCCAAGCUUGGUCUGGCCGCCCGUGCUUCUUUUUUGAAAAAGAUGCCAGACAAGACGGUGAAAUGCCUGACGUGUAAGAUCUUGAUAUCGGAAAGGGGCGUUUUUGAACAUCUGCUUCACGGCAUGACCUGCUUAUUUUGUACUGGGCUGUUUUACUCCAUCAGGCAGCUCGUUGACCAUAUGCAGUCUGAUCACGAUGUGACCCAGAAGAACAACUGUGAAUUCAUGAGGCGAGAGUACCGACUUUACACCGACGAUUCAGGGAAUCUGCUUUUCCCUUAUUUUGACAUCAGGACCACAGCCCCGAAACUAAUAAUGGGUGAUAAAGAGCUCAAUCUUGCGUUGGUCACCAACUCCCUUGAUCUGAUCUUUGUGAAGAUGUUGCCCAACAAUCCUCAGGCAAUUUGCAAUGCGCCCACGCCCAAUUCGAAUAACACUGAGUGCCCCUUCUGCUCUGAGAAGCUCCCGAGCAAAGAAUUGUAUCACAUGCACCUCAAAGAAAAGCAUUUCAUUGUGCCCACUCUGCAUGCCAUACUUAAAACUCCAUCAUACAGAUGCCUUUACUGUGGAGGUGUGUACACAGGGAAGACCACUACCAAGGCCAUCAUUGUCCAUUUAUCUAAGUGUCGCUGUGCACCUAAGGGUCUCAAAGAUGCUGAGAAAACGAGUUCUGGACUAGCUGUUACUCCUAUACCAAACAGAGCUGUAGUAUCAUACCCAGCUCAUCCGAAACAGAUUAGUGGACCAACCCCAGCUUCAGUCCAACCUUCCGUUCCUGCCGUACAACUGCCAGAGACGGAAGCAGAGAUACAGAGCAAGUUGCGACUGGAAAUAGCCUUCAGAGAAGCUAUGGAGGCAAAUAGGAGAGAGCGAGAAGAACGGUUGGCAAGGAAAAAGCAACUAGAGAAAGAAAGAUUAGCUGCAAUUACGGUCCCUACACCUGAAGUCGUCAUUGAUCCCUCUGUAAAAUUCACGUUGGAUCCAGCUGGAAUAGAGUUGCGUUCAUUUGAUGAUCGACGUGAAUUUGUCAACAAAUACUUUAAUACACAGCCUUACCCGCUCAAAAAGGAGGUCACUGCCCUGAGUGGCCGGUUACUGCUAAACAAAAGCGAUGUUUCCUGCCAGUUCAGCAAGCAACGUACCAAAUGUAUGAGACACUUGCAGAAAAACAAGGCCAUGAUACUUCUAGGCUUCAACAUGGCAGAGUUGAUGAAAGUUAAUCAUAAUCUUCUUAUUCCCGAGAUUGAGCCGGAAAAGAUAGCCACCGUGACGGAAGAUUCAGAGGUGGGGAUGGAGCAAGAGUAGCUUCCCAAUCGUAAGGACAAUGCAAAUUUUACCAAGUACCUAAACUGUUAGUUUGUACUUAAAAUGCAAAUGCAAAAUAUGUUCCACUCUGAAUCCAGUGUUAAUGAACUGAGGUAAAACUUGAGAGGAUGAAACAGAAAUAAUAUGUUCUAGUUUGGCUGCUGUUCAUCAAUGUUUGUGAAUACUUGUGUAGUUUGUUUGUUUUAGCUUUUCAUAUUAAAACAUUUAAAAUGAUAAAUGCAUUUAAAGCAUGUUACAUUGUUUCAUGUAAGUUUAUUAACUUGAAGAAGAUUCUUUGAUUUCAUAGCCUAGUUCUACAAUUGAAAACUUAGAUGUUUGUGAAGUUGUACCUUUUUUUGUUUGCCAAACCAACAUUUUGACCUUUGUUGGAACCUUUGAAGCAUUUAUCAAGUUAACCAUCUUCUUUCUAUGUUAUACCAUGUAUCUUCAUAUAACUCACUUCCAUGUAUUGUCAGAUACGUUCUAUCAUGCCUUAUUCUUUUAUAAAUAUAGUAUUUAAAUGAUGUUUCGACAGAUUUGCCAAGACUUUUUCUAUUUAGUAUAAAUGAAUGCUGCUUACAUGACAUUCUUUCAAGUAAUAUUAGAGUUUUGGAAAGUGAUUUGAUUGCAGUAACAUACAUUUUACAAAAUAUUUGUAAGCAUCAGGACAUGGAAACUCAUUUUAUUUCACCAGUUCAAUAUUGAACAUUUUGUCAAAGCUUACAUCAAAUACAGUUUCUUAUUUAAAGUAAAUUCUGUCAUCAUUUACUCACCCUCUUGUCAUUUCAAACCUUUAUGAGAUAUUUUGAAGAAUGUUGGUAACCGAACAGCACUGGACCCCAUUCAAUACUAUUGUAUGGACACAAAACCAAUGCAAGUGAAUGGGGUCCAGUUAACAACAUUUUUCAAAAUAUCUUUUGUACUCCGUGCAAAAAGUCUAACAGAUUUGAAAUGACAAGAGGGUGAGUAAAUGAUGACAGCAUUUCUAUUUUUGGGCAAACUAUCACUUUAAACCAGUAAAAAGGUUCACAUAUAUCAUAAGAAGUUCAAUUAUUAUUUUACAUACAGUGCCAAAACUUUAGGAUUACUUGUUUAUUUUGCAUUUAAGAAUAAUAGUCCUAAAUAUGACAAAACUUUUGGAAUGAUGUUGUGACAAACUUUUCACCAAACGUUUAACCAACUUUUUUUAAAGUAUCACCUGUUAUUUAAUCAGAAGAUCCCAGGUGUGCUAGACUCUUAUUGGCUGCAUUCAUACAUUUCUCAAAUUUUUAAAAAGGUUUUGUAAAGAAAUACACAAUUGGCAAUUCAUUUACAACACAUGCCCCAUGUGUGUUGGGAUGAAAAUGUUUGUAAGAUCAUAAGAAAUGUUUCAAUAAACCGAGUAGUGUAGCAUGGCUACUUUGAAAAAUUAGCUAAAAUAUAACGGGGUUGACCAGGGCCCGUAUUCACAAAACAUCUUAAGGCUAAAAGUAGCUCCUAACUUGCUGAUUUAGGUGAAACUUAAAAAUAAUGAGUGUGUGUCCUAAAUUUAGGACUCCUAAUUUUUUGUGCUAAGAGUAUUUCACAAAGCGUUUUAGCACUAAAACUAGCUCCUAAAACUGUGAGACGUUAGGAGUAGUGAAGAGGACUUCACUAAGAGUCACAAAGACCAACUCACAACAAUCCUAAAAUGGCUGUAACACUGGCAGUCUACCUUGAAACUUAAACAUUUUAGAAAGAUUUCAUGACAAUGAGCUCAACCAUAAAGACUACUAAUAUCUGCUAACUGUUAAUGAGACAGACAAAAUGCUUACAAUUAGCUGAACAUUUACUUUAUAUGAACAUAUAGUUUAUUUGCACAAGAUAACUCCUUUUUUAAAAUAAUUCAAAAAUCAUGUUUAUUGUGUUUUGUUGUAUUUGUUAGCUGUAUUUUUUAAAAGUUAUUGUUACUCAAUAAAAAACAAACAAUUUGAUUAAUAUUAAUUGGA